AUGAACUCAUUCUCUUUCCUGUUGCUCUGCGUCCAAGCUUGCCUCAUCCAGCAAGCUUACAGCCAGGCCAUCUUCGGCGGGUAUGGCAUUGGUCCCUCGUACGGCGCCGUGGGUUAUGGUGGUUCUGAAGUAACUGCCAUUGAGGUCGACACAUUCAGUGCUGGAGCGACUGGCUAUAACGGACUUGGAGGCUUGGGAGUUGGCAACUUGGGCUUGACUGGUAUCAACAACAUUGGACUGGCUGGAGCUGGCGGCUUGGGAUUGGCUGGAGUGGGCAUCAACUCUGGACUUGGUCUCGGAUUAAACUCCGGUCUCGGUUUGGGUAUUGGCAAUGUCGGAAUUGGCGGAAUUGGCGGAAUUGGCGGAAUUGGCGGACUUGGCGUUGGCUCGGUCGGUCUUGCCGGCGUCGGCGCUGGCUACGGCGGUGUGGGUAACGGCGCUCUCGCCGUCGCUGGAGAGCUGCCAGUCUCUGGCACCACCGUCGUCAAUGGCGCCGUGCCAGUGCUUGGCGCUGUGACCUUCAGUGGCAGCGUGCCAGCGGCCGGCGCCGUCUCUAUCUCUGGUAACUGCGGAUGUGGUGGCACCCCAUAUGGCACCUUCUAA